AUGGCACCUCGCUGCACGACCCCCACUCCCGUCCAACCUUCUUCCCCGGCGGCAACCGCGCCGAAUCCCCGCCCAGCCUCCUUCCCCGCGGCGGCGGCGGCGGCGAAUCCCCGCCCAGCCUUCUUCCCCGCGGCGGCGGCGGCGAAUCCCCGCCCAGCCUUCUUCCCCGGCGGCAACCGCGCCGAAUCCCCGCCCAGCCUCCUUCCCCGCGGCGGCGGCGGCGAAUCCCCGCCCAGCCUCUACGCGCCGCCCCGGAGAGCCUCUACGCGCCGCCCCGGAGAAACUCUACGCGCCGCCCCGGAGAGCCCCCCGCACGCCGCCACCAUCCCCUGUGUGUUUGCUACUAGUGUACUGCUUCAGAACUUGUGCCAGUUGUGUGAAUUUCUUACCGGCCCAGCCACUGGAGUAAACAUUCCCGACCACCCGAGCCCACCGCCUGUGUCCAUGGAGUCAGUCAGCCGCCCCAGCGGCGCCCCAAAUCCAUUCCCUGCAUUCCUCGUCUCAGACGCCGCCGGGGAUUUCACCUCACGACGGUCGUCAGUCCAGCACACAUUGCCAGGGAGUUCACCUCCGUCUCCAAAGCUCUGUCGUGCCGCCACCCAAAUACCGCCUGCAUGCUGGCCUUGA